AUGAUGAUGCGCAGCCUGUUCUUUGUUGUGCUUCUUGCACUUUGUUGUACUUGCAGUUUCGUGUUAGCGGACACCAAAUCUAGUGAUUCUGACGUAACCGAUCACGCUGAACCUAUUGUAACCGAAGAAGCUGGACAUGGUGGAGGUGGUGGAGUUGGUAUUGGGAGUUCAGGCUCAGCUUCAACCAGUUCUACUGGUACAGGGGGCCAAUCUCUGGAACCGGUGAAGCUGCAAGAAGAGCAACCUGACGAACCACCAGAAGAAAAACAGCAAUUGCAACUGGAUGAGGAGCUACGUGAAAGUAAAGAUGAUUCAGUCGAUACUGAAACACUUGGUGCCCAACAAAAGGACAGAGCUGUAAGUAAUUCACAGGGAACAACAAAAGACAAAUUAAGGGAACCUGCUGAUCCUUCUCUUCAACCGGAUAUUGUUUCAGGGAAGGGAGGUAAAGCGGCUUCGCAGGCUAAUGAACAAGUAGUUGCGAGAACGGAAUCUGGAAAUAAUGGAGUAUCCAAUUCUGGCAGUGAAAAGAAUACUGUUGGCUCUCUCACUGCAGAAGAACCCAAUGCUAAUAGUGAAGAACAGAAGUCUGAAAAUGCACCAACUUCCCCCAACGAGAAUGUUACGCAAGGUACUAACGAUGCAGGCAACAGUACUGCUGUACAGAUUCAAGGAAGUACAGACAAAGAAUCUGAACCUGAGAAUGGUACUACACCCAAUACUAAUGAAGAAUCAAACUCAACCACCACCACCACCACCACAGCAACAACAACACUUCCCCCUGAACUCACAAACAACAAGAAGGGUGAUGCAGACAGCAGCAGCAGUAUCAGCAGUUCUGUGUGGGUGCGU